AUGCACCGAGAGGGCGACAUGGAGGAGCAGGUCCAGGAGCUGAAGACCAUCACUCGGCUCCAGGAGCAAUGCCGGGCGCUCCAGGUCCAGGCCAUGAAGGAGAAGACCGUGAAGAACAAGGCCACGCUGGCUCUCCUGCACAGCAACAUCCGCCGCGGGGCCCAAGACUGGGCCUCAGCCAGGAAGUCGGACCAGCAGACCAUCGCCAAGGCCUGCGGAAAGGACCUGUCCAUGAGGCUGGCGCACUGCCCACAAACCAUGGAGGUGGCGCGGGAGAAGCUGCGCAAGUACGUCUUCGACCGCGUCAAAGUGCACAACGUGCUGAUCCACCUGGUGCGGCGGCGCGGGCAGCAGCUGGAGAGCCUGCGCCUGGAGCUGGCCCGCCUGCAGAGCCAGCCCGGCGCCACCAAGGAGGAGCGGCGGCAGCUGCAGCUGCCCACAGGCCGGGCACCCGUCCUUGGAGCUCCAUUUCCGGGGUGCAGGAUGGGGGCCGGCCCGAUGCCCCCGUGGGUGCACAGGAUGCCGGGCAGGGGCCAGGCGGUGGCUGGCAGGGGCCGGGGGCGCUGUGCAACACCUGCCUCGCCCCUUUCCACGCAGGAGCUGUUGGGGUACUCCACGCAGCUGGACAAGCUGCAGAACCUCGUGGUGAGUUACUGUUCAGAGCUGUCGGAUAUGACCGUCAUGUCCCAUGACGCCAUGAUGAUCACGGACGAGAUCAAGAGGAACAUGCGGCGAGGCGAGGCCACCUUCAUCCAGGAGCGCAGGGCGCGGGAGAACCGGCUCAACCAGCAGAAGAAGCUGAUCGAAAAGGCCCACAGCAAGGCGGCCAACGAGAAGUACCGGCGGGGCCAGCAGGACCUGGACUUCCCCACCAACCUGAUGGGUCUGGAGACCGUGAAAGUGGCGAAGACGCCGCCCUCCAAGGCCGAGGCCCAGUACCAGAGGGACGUGACGGCUCUGGUGGAGAAGGUCAAGGCCGCCGUGCAGUGCUCCCACCUCUGGGACAUCGCCGGCCGCUUCCUGGCGCAGCAGAACACGGAGGAGAACCUGGACCUGCAGACCGAGGACUGCGAGGAGCGGCGGGCGCGGCUGCAGGCCCUGAUGAGGAAGCUGGAGCUCGAGGAGGCCGUGCUCAAGUUCCACAAGACGCCCACCUCCGUCAGCUUUAAGUCGCUUGAGAGGAGGAUGCAGGACAUGCUGACAGAAGAGGAGAAGCGGCUGCAGUCGGCCCACGCCAACACGAGCAGAGGCCAGCAGCUGCUGCUGACCAUCCAGACGGGCAUCGACAACCUGUACCUCCGGCUCAUGGGCGUCACUGCGCCCAGCACCAAGGGGCCCGUGGCCCCCGGCGCCCUGGACAUGUACAGCAAGCUGGCGUUCUGCGAGGCGAGGCUCGCGCACCUGGCCGACAGGGUGCAGGCACUGGCCGCCACGCAGGAGGUCCAGGCCAAGGUGAGGGAUGCCCUGGAGUUCUCAACUCUGAUGGAGAAGCAGAACACCAAGAUCAGCUUCGAGGACGUGGAGGAUGACGUGAUAGAAACCUUCCACUUCGCCGACAUGGACCACAGCUACGUGCCCACGCGGGCCGAGAUCAAGAAGAAGGCGCAGCAGCUGGUCGAUGACAAGUUCAAGGGGACCAAGAAGAAGAGGAAGUGACCUCCGCGCCCGCCCGCGCUCUGUUACCCAAAUAAACAUUUUUUCUGGACGGCGGGGCCCGGGGCCCCAGAUGCUGGGGGCUGGGCCUGGGGCUCUGCAGGAGGUGGGGUGGUCGCUGUGGAUCUGGGGCCCGGAGUCGGGGGCGGGGUGAGCCAGGGGCCAGGAGGAGACGCGGACGCGGGUCGCCGC